AUGCGGGAGAGGGACCUACAGAGCAUGUGCAGAAGGGCGCUGCUGCUGAUCGUCUGUAUGGUGUCUCUGUGGGGACAACUGAGCAGUGCAUCGUCACACAGAAGCCACAUAGUUCAUGUGAAAGCAGGAACCUGUGAGGUAAUUGCCGCACACCGAUGCUGCAACAAGAACAAGAUCGAAGAGAGAUCCCAGACUGUCAAGUGCUCCUGCUUCCCUGGACAGGUGGCAGGAACAACAAGAGCGGCUCCAUCUUGUGUAGACGCAUCCAUAGUUGCACAGAAGUGGUGGUGCCAGAUGCAUCCCUGCAUGGAUGGGGAAGAGUGUAAAGUGCUGCCGGAUCUCAAAGGAUGGAGCUGCAGUACAGGAAAUAAAGUUAAGACAACCAAGGUCACGCGAUAGUCCUCUGCUUCAAGGAUAACCUUGUUUGAAACCAGACGUUUGCUUCUUUGACCAACACCGCGGGACAUUUGGAUAUUAUGUGUUUUUGAGGAUUUGUGGAAACCAGGGACCAACAAGGACAAUAACAUUCCCCUCGAACGAGUGGAGGAAGAGGACCAGGGAGCUUCAUAUCCAAAAUUAUUCCUGACUUUAGAUCCAGCAUCAACAGUAGCCGUCUCUGAACUCUACUGCCCACCAAAUCUCUCUUUGUAUUAUAAUUUUAUUCCUAUGGACUAGAAGACUCAACCAUGAAGAUAUUUAUUGACUCAAAGACUAUGGAUUACACCAGAAAAAAAAGAAAUCGUCCCUAAAACCAAACAAUGUGAUGUGAAACCUUUGUGUUAUUUUCAUGCCACAAAGAGCCCCAGGACUCAUGAUGCAUAUGUGUGUUGAAGAUCUCUCCAGAUCAUAAGCAUUUUUCAUUCCUUUUAGCCUUAUGGAGCAGAGAUAUCUCUUGCGAUUCUGUUUUUGUUGAUUUUAAGCUAUCAAGUGUUUGGCUUUCUUAAGUUUGUUAGGAUGUCGAGUCUUGUUUUUAAAGACGAAAGACGAUGCCGCAACAAUAAAACACAAUGUUAUGAAGAAGGGUCAACACAGCUGAGU